AUGGAAAAGUCUAAUAAAACUCCUGUUUCCUCUGGGACAAAAUGUAUCUCACCGAUGGAUAUUAAAUUCUCUGGCGAAAAGGAGAAUGAGGCCAUGGAGCCAACAGUAGAGGACGUGGAACCGGCACGUGGUAAUUGGACGGGACGUUUUGACUUCCUUCUGUCACUACUGGGCUACAGUGUGGGACUUGGUAACGUGUGGCGAUUCCCUUAUUUAUGUUACAAUAAUGGAGGGGGUGCGUUUUUGAUUCCGUUUACCGUAAUGCUUAUAAUAGCGGGUUUACCCCUAAUGUUCAUGGAACUAUCUUUUGGACAAUAUGCCGCACUUGGUCCCGUUGCUGUAUAUAACAAAUUUUGUCCUCUAUUCCGCGGGCUGGGUUACGGAAUGGUCAUCGUAUCCAGUAUCGUCAUGUUAUAUUACAACCUAAUCAUAGCAUGGACUAUAUAUUACAUGGCAGUAUCAUUUGCGAGCAUUUUUUAUCAGUUACCUUGGCAAAACUGUGAUGCUGAUUGGAGUACACAGCAUUGUUACUCUUACGAAGAAGCAGAUGAAUGUGAAGCAAGAAACGGGACAUAUUAUUUGAGAGAGUGUCUGAAUCAAACUUACGUCACACUUCACAACAUCUCUGCAUUGGCUAACGUAGCUUUGAGGCGACCACCUGCGGAAGAAUAUUUUACAAAUCAAGUGCUUGGAUUAUCUUCCGGUAUUGAAGAAACAGGUCACAUUAGAUGGGGCAUGGCAGUGUGCUUGUUGGCUGCUUGGUUAAUUGUCUUCUUAUGUUUAUGCAAAGGAGUUCAAUCCUCUGGAAAGGUCGUGUAUUUUACUGCUCUGUUUCCGUAUGUUGUACUUGUCAUAUUAUUUUUUCGCGGUGUGACUCUACCUGGUGCAUCAACUGGAAUUAUAUUUUAUCUCACACCAGAUUUCAGCCAGUUAGCUAAUGCUCAGGUCUGGGGCGAUGCAGCUGUCCAAAUUUUCUUCGCAUUGAGUCCAGCUUGGGGUGGCUUGAUCACUCUGUCUUCAUAUAACAAAUUUUCUAAUAAUUGUUAUAUUGAUUCUUUAAUUGUGGCCGUAUCUAACAUAGCAACGUCGUUCUUCGCUGGCUUAGUAAUAUUCUCUGUGAUUGGAUUUUUGGCGCACGAGCUGAAUGUUGGCGUAGAAAGAGUGGUGGACCAGGGUGCAGGACUCGCUUUCAUCGUUUAUCCCGAAGUUGUUACCAGACUGCCAGUAUCACCACUUUGGUCUAUACUUUUCUUUGUAAUGCUGCUUACACUCGGACUUGACUCUCAGUUUGCGCUCAUGGAGACUGUCACAACGGCAAUUCUUGAUAGAUUUCCGAACUUCCGGCAAAAUAAAGUUUGGGUGGUACUAACGGUGGCAGUGUUUGGUUAUUUGGGUGGUCUUAUAUUCACGACUAAUAGCGGUAUGUAUUGGUUACAACUGAUGGACAAGUACGCUGCGAAUUGGUCAGUGUUAAUUAUUGCUAUCGGCGAGUGUAUACUUAUUGCAUGGAUCUAUGGAGCUGAAAAGUUUUGUCGAGAUAUACAAUGCAUGAUUGGUCGGCAGACGAAGCUCUGGGUGAUAUUUUGGAGUGCCAUGUGGAGAGUAAUCACACCCGCAGCUCUUGUGUUUAUUUUGGUGUUCAAUUGGAUCGAGUACAAACCAGCGUCGUACGGUCACUACGUGUAUCCGAUGUGGGCUGACGCGGUUGGUUGGACUUUAGGAGUGUUGCCUGUUGUGGUAGUAGUACUGAUGGCCGUCGAUAAGAUCUGUAGCGGACCUGACGAUCUUACAAUAAUGGAGAAAGCUCGUGUACUAGCCCGCCCUACUGAAGAGUGGGGUCCUUCGGCAUCUGCGGGUGUUUCGAGUGUGCUGUGUGCUGAGACAGAGCUGUCGCCACCUGUGCUGCUGCUGCAUGGCCGGCCGGUGUUGAGGGAGCGAGGCGCAUGA